AGCCCAGCCCGCGGUGCUACUUGCUCUUCUCGAGCUGUCCUGGAGCGUGAGGGUCCGCGAGGGUCCGCACGGCUGUGCCUCCUGCCUUCCCUUCCCCGUCCUCUGAGCCCCGCUCGGGGCCGGAUUGUCUGGGGGUGCCUGGAGCGGAGCCACCCUGAGCCUCCUCCUGACCCGGAGCCUCCCUGCUUCCCCUCCCUAGAAAACGGAGCUUUCUUCUGUAACGAGUGCGACUGCCGCUUCUCGGAGGAGGCGUCCCUGAAGAGGCACACCCUGCAGACGCACAGCGACAAGCCUUACAAAUGUGACCGCUGCCAGGCCUCCUUCCGCUACAAGGGCAACCUCGCCAGCCACAAGACCGUCCACACGGGGGAAAAACCCUAUCGGUGCAACAUUUGUGGCGCCCAGUUCAACCGGCCGGCCAACCUGAAGACUCACACCCGCAUCCACUCUGGGGAGAAGCCGUACAAGUGCGAGACCUGCGGAGCGCGAUUCGUGCAGGUGGCCCACCUGCGUGCCCACGUGCUCAUCCACACCGGCGAGAAGCCCUACCCGUGUGAGAUCUGCGGCACCCGCUUCCGGCACCUGCAGACCCUCAAAAGCCACUUGCGCAUCCACACGGGAGAAAAGCCCUACCAUGUAC